AUGGAAGACGGCAGCCCCCCUCGCCCUCGCGAAGAUCGUGGUCCGCGCAUCCCACCGGCGAAACUCGCAGACAUCAAUCCAACUCCUACCAUCGCGAUCUUCUACCGAUCAGAGAAGGGCUCUCCCCUUCAACUUGUAGAUGGCAAUUUCUCUCGAGAUGCAGCCAUGAUCUUCUGCGAUCGCAUCCGCCGUGACUUCAUGGACGACAACAACCGCAAAUCAUACAUCGUCACAGGCAUUGACCUGACUGGUCUGAAGGAAGCUCUGGCUUGGGUCGAUCAGUGUGUCUCGGAGCAGAGCAUUGUCAAAUAUCGAGAACUCGAAGAAGAUUCUCCCCAACUUCUGUCGUUGUACGCCAAGGUCAUCAUCGCAGCCACUUACCUGGGCAUUCCUGACCGUGAUCUCGCCGAAGGACUCACCAAACGUAUGCGAGGCAUUGCGCGCAAGGUGCUCAUGAGUUGGGACGAAGUCGAAUGGUUCUACACCUCGCCUGCGCUGAGCAACUGCAACGACUCUCUUCGCGAAGUGGCCUCGGCCAGUGUCUUUUGGGCCUGGUGGAACGCCGUGCUGAACGAAGAGGAUACACCCAACGACAUGGACAUUCUCGAGGAAAUGAGAACCCGCAUCCCUAAGCUCGACGAGGACCUUCAUGACUGGUGCGAGCGCAACGAGACCGAGGUGAAGAAGAAGUGGGAGGAGAAGAAGCAGAACAAGGUUCUGCGAAACGACCCCAACAUCAGCGACGACGUCGAGGCUUUCAAAGGCUGGGACACGGUUGGCAUUGGAAAGAAGCCCGCUAGAAGCGGCAGCGGUUGGGACGACCCCGCUGACACCACCGACCCGUUCGACGCCGCCAAUCCAGCUUCCGCCGCUUCUGGUGGUUGGGAUGUCGCUCCCGCCGCCGGCCACAACAAGAACAGCGACGAGUUUGGCUUCGACUCUGGUAUCUCCAUGGACAACGGAGCCGGUGGCAAUGUCAAGAAAGAGAACAUGUUGGACGGCCACGACUAUGAAACCGGUGGUGGUGGUGUCAAGAUCGACCCCUGGGGCGGCGUUGAGAGCACCGGAGGCGGGGAGUGGGCUGACGAGGUCAACGAGCAGCAGUCUUCAACCUGGUAAAUAUCAUUGCACCAUUGCUGCUCCAUUGACUCGUCUUCAGCUCGAAGUCGUACAGAAUGCCGAUUCUGCCGAUUCUGACAGACGUGUGUUUCCAUGUCAAAGUUGGGGACGUGAGGCAAACGAAAAAUCUUGCGUACAAGAGAUCAAUGUGCUUGAUGUGUUUUUUUCUGUCUCUCUCUCGGCAAUAAUCAUUUCGAAUAGGUCGUGCGCUGUUCAAUAGACGGCGCCAUACGGAGAAUGAUACAGAAUGAUACU